AUGACCCAGAAACGUAAAUAUAGCCAUCAUCUCGCCGAUCGUUGGAAUCAAAGACCGGCAAACAAACGCAACCGGGCCCAUUCUGACCGCUAUCAACCCCAACCAAAACAUCCCCAACAGCUUGACCAGCACCACCCCCGCCAGCCUCCAGCCGAUCCUGUUGCUUGCGCGCGCGAUUUCGAGCGUCUUUCCCUCUCCCACCAACACUUUCCUCCCCUCAAGAAUCGAACCCCAUCUGGACCACAAGAAAAACUACCAGCCGUUGAUAACUCUAGACCCCGACGAUCUGAUACCUCCAGGGACAAACCCCCAAACCAGCCAUUCCAAGACACCCAUCAACACUCCACAUCAUCUCAUUGGGAAAGGCCUAUCAAAACCCACCCAGAGGGACUUGCUUUCAACCGAAAUCAACAAGCCUUCCCUGGAAAGUCUUACCAAUUCCAUCACGGCUGGACUGAAGUGACGAAGCGUGGGAUCCACCGUAGUGGAAACAACCAUCAGACAACCUUUAGGCGGAAUCCAUGGAAUAGUACCCAACCACCAACCUCUGGGAUCUCACAACCUUUCACUCCACAUUCUUCCAGAUCUACCACAAUUCUACCCCAACGUGCAUCGCUGUUGUCUGCUAAUCGUUUUGCCGUCUUGGAAUCUCCUCCGAUCGAUCGAGGUCCCUCAGGGAAACGUGGGGUACCGCGCAAAUCGAGCGCCAAGAUGGCUCAAUUACCACCUAACCAAACAACAUUGAAAAGACAGAACCACUCGGUAACAAUCGAUGACGAUGGUCGUCAGAUUGACAUAGUAGUAGACACCAACAUCUUACUGGCGUACCAACAUUUUUUGCGAGCUUUAAUUCCUCUUCUCGUGCCCAACUGUCGACUCUUAGUUCCGGCGGCUGUCAUUAGCGAGCUGGAUGGUCAAAAGACUCGCCAACAUCUGGUCGAGGUAUUUGAGGCUGGGAGAUGCUGUAGACAACAACCGAUGAGCUGGUUGGCCAGGCAAGCAACGAAUUGGUUGCUCGCUCUCGUUAAGAAUGACUCACCUAGCGUAAUGCUCCAAAAACUUGAUGAAGAGACAGCGGAAGUGAAGAGAAACAAUGAUGCGGAUACCAGAAUACUUUUGUAUGCCCAGAAGCUUCAUCUCCAAGCCAAGUCUCAUUAUCCGGGCACAGUUAUAGCUUUGUUAUCCAACGAUAACGUUUUACGUCUGCGAGCCCAAAACGAAGACAUCUGCACUGUGGCCAUGUCAGACUUUUGCCACAGCCCUCGUCGAAUAAUUAGCUACAUUCGGCAAACUCAGCAUCAUCGUCAGAAUCCAGCCAUCCCAGCUCCCCUCAACCCUUCGCUGAUUAAUCAUCCUCAUCCACGCGAGGCACGCCCUCCAGAACCUAAUUCUAACCAACCUACUUUGAACUUAGGCCUGCCCUCAUCGGAAAAUGGCCAGUUCACCUUUACCUUGCCUUUACCAAGUACUAGCCAGCCCUCCGGUUCGGCAAAUCAAAGCAACCCACCCAUCGUUCCCCCUGACUCAGAUCGACAGUUCAUCUUCACCUUGCCACCGCCACCACUCGUCGGGCCUGAUCAAGAGGUAGAUCGACUCAAAUCUCAAAUUCUGAAGGCUCGUCCGUGCAGGAGCUGCAAGUCUAUCGUUGCAUCUGUUCCUCAUGUCUCCUCAGAUCAGAUUCAUCAUUACUGUCCGAUGUGCUGUGAAGUAAUUUGCCAGGGAUGCAUGAACGUCACUGGAUGCGACUGGGAAUGUUCGGGGCCGUUUCAUGGAAAUGAUUGUCAGACGAUGAAAUGUUGCGCCACCGGUCGAGCAUUCAUCUGGAUUGAGCUGUUAGGACAACUUGAUUCUUGCUUCCUGAUGAAUCAGUACAAAAUCUCAUUCAAACACGGACCCAAGAUAACCCACUCGUAUGGCGACGAAGCUUUGAUCCAGUUCCUGAGCGCCGCAUAUUCAUUGUUGAUCGCGAGCGGAGACGAUGACGAACGGUUGGGAUUUCUUCGGUCUAUACUUAUCAGCUCAACAUUAAUCGAUGUUCUCAGUCAGACCUUUCUUUGUUCUCCCUUAUUGAGUUGGCACUUUCGAUCGGAGCUAUUUCUGAGUGCCAUCAAGUUGGUUCAAGGAAUUCUAGAAAGGCUAACUAGACCGUGGGAGAUUCUUAACUCGGAAUUUCUCAAAUCAAAUACCGCCGUUAUUCCUCCUUUAGAUCACCGCCAGCACAAGAUCAUAUGGCAGAAAGUCUCCGAAAAAGACAAUCGACCCAAUUCAACUGGUGUGAAAGUUGAAAAGCUACAACAAUCGUUCCCCGGUUUGAUGGCUGAUGUCGAAGAGAUUCUUCACAAUCGACCCCCAUCGACUUCGGCCACGAUUCGGCAACUGCUAGAUAACGCAGUAUGCGUACCGCUCUGCUAUGUGCUAGAGCAACUAUUCCGAUUAGCUAUCGAGAUGGAAACACAACAAUCGGGUCACUCGGUCACGUUGCCGGGAGAUAUCCAAGUCACAGUACCGCUCUCAAGCAAAUUAGUCUGCAUGACCAGCGCAUUGCUGGACCUACAAGUCGUUUACGAAUCUCAGCUCAGAAUCCAGACGUUGGAUACAGACUCAAACAACAGUCCUUCUGCCGGUCAAACAAGAGAGGUUUCUCAACGAAAAGAAAAGUAUGCUAGCAAACAACAAGAAAGCAACGGUCGUCCCAGAGCUAACGGGGUGGAUCGGAAUGUCAGAAAAUCGUCCAACGGCGUAGCAUCGAAUGGAAAAGUAAGGGAUCCAGUCGAUUGCCUGGAGGAAAGUGAAGACAGGAACACACGGUCAAAAUCGGGAAUCAAGGCCGCGAAGAAGGCGCACAGCACGAAUGGGAGUCGCUCCACAAUCAAAGGACCAGGCCACAGUAAAAAUUCAGGCUCGAGCUCCCCAGUCACGAAGAUUUCUAAUGAUAUCAAUGAAUUGUCGAUCUCAUCCCUUGGCAGUGAAAGUAGUGAUCACUCAUCUGACAUUGUUGUUCUCAAUUAG